GUAACAGAGUAUACGCUUUGUUUAACAUUCUCAGCAUAAAAUUGUUUUGGAUGCUUCAGGAAUUGAUCACGCAAUUUUCUUGGUAAAAUUAAUUAUUGAUAUCUCCUUCUUUUUGUCGUAUCUAAUUUGAAAUUUGUUUGCACACAUAAAACAAGAGAAAUUGUCGCAUCAGUUAAAAGCAAUGCAAGUAAUUAUUAAAUCCACAGCACCACAAGAGUUUCUACAGCAAACAUGGGACCGACCUAGAGAUGAAUGAGAGUUUAUCCGAACAGGGCCGUCUUCAACACCUUCUCAGCUCAAGGAGUACUUCCUCCAUCGUUUUGGAAUCUUCAAUUGCCUUAUUAAUUUUCCUUGUGGCAGUGCCCGGCAAUACACUUGUUCUUCUGGUUGUUUACAAGACGCCAAGACUUCGAAAUGCAGCUGGAAUAUUGAUCACUUCGCUGGCGAUUUCGGACCUUUCUUUGAUGCUCUUGUUAUUUCCACCAGCCUUUUCCGCCAUGAUCACAGGACGAUGGCUCGGUGGUUUUUACCUUUGUCAAAUCAGUGGUUAUGCAGUGCCCUUUCUCUGCAGCGGCUCGCUACAAACCAUGGCAUUGAUGGCCCUUGAUCGUCAUUUUCGUAUCGCUCAUCCAAUAAAGCACCGAACCAUAUUCAGCGUGAAGCGAACAAAAUUAAUGGUUGUGCUUGUGUGGCUAGUUGCGUCUACGGUUCAACUUCCUUACGUGGCAAAUGGUGGUGUGUAUACUUUUCAUCCUGGCAAAUUCUUCUGCUUCGUUGAUUUUUCGUUUCUGGCCAAGUUAGGCAUCGUUUAUCUCGUCGUGCCUUCGUUAGUUAUCCAGCACUUUUACAUGAAAGUAUUCUUGGCUUUGAGAGCCAACAAGAAACGCGUUAAAACUCUGCAAAGACAAAGCCGCGACGCUUUUAGGAUGACAGCCCAAGAAGUUAAGUUAACAAGAACUUUAUUAGUGACUGUGAUCGCAUAUGCUAUUUGUUGGACUCCGGUUAUGAUAAUCGAUUUCGUGGAAAUGGCUCGUGGCGGAUGGGUCCUUUCUCGUGGAGCCUAUAUGAUGUACUCCACUUGUGGCCUGGCGAGUGCGUGUAUAAAUCCCUUGGUGUAUGGCUUCAUGAACAGAGUGUUCCGUGCAGAAUACAUGAGACUAUUAGGCAUACGCACGCUUAAUAUUUCAAAUUCUUCGGUAGCUUCAGUUGAACAACAGUAAUAACGUUUUGCGCAGUURAAUUAUGCUUGAAGCCGUCUUCUCUUUAUAAAAACAGUAGUUAUGUCAUUUUGAAAAUUAAAAGUUGUGUGCAAUACUGC